GGUGUGAGGGUGACCAUGGCGGGCAGGGCGCUCAAGCGACUCAUGACGGAAUAUAAGCGUAAUUAUUCCCAGCACACAGCUGAGCGCUUCAAUACAUGGUUAUGUUUAACUUGUUCUUGGGUGGGAUUAGGUCCACGUGACAGUACUGUUACAGUGGCGACAGUACUGUGGCACCACACAGAAUUGACAUUAAACCCUCCUGAAGGUAUCAUUGCUGGCCCAACCAAUGAAGAGAACUUUUUUGAAUGGGAGGCACUAAUCAUGGGUCCUGAAGGAACUUGCUUUGAGUGUGGAGUCUUCCCAGCCAAGUUGAUUUUCCCUCCAGACUAUCCUCUAUCACCCCCAAAGAUGCAGUUCACCUGUGAAAUGUUUCAUCCGAACAUUUACUCAGAUGGCAGAGUGUGUAUCUCCAUCCUUCAUGCACCAGGUGAUGACCCCAUGGGUUACGAGACCAGUGCCGAAAGAUGGAGUCCGGUUCAGAGCGUAGAGAAAAUAUUACUCUCGGUGGUAUCAAUGCUGGCAGAACCAAAUGAUGAGAGCAGUGCAAAUGUUGAUGCAGCAAAGAUGUGGAGAGAUGACAGGGAACAAUUCAAUAAAAUUGCAGAGAGGUUGGUUCGUAAGACGCUAAAUUUACCAUUUCCGUAGUCAAGAAAAUGUCGUUGUGCUCAAUCAAUUUGUUAAAGAUUGUUAUGAUUAAGGAUAACAUGAGUUUUGCAAAUUAUGUGAUUCUGCUUAGAUCCUAGUCAUCAUACAACUAGGAUAUAGUGUGUGGUUAAAGAACUAGAUGCAGAAAUGAGAUUUGCCAAAAUAAUACCCAUUAACUAGUUGAAUGUCUGUGUCCCAUUACUGUGAAACUUGCUUUGUACAUCAAAUGUUUAGAAACUUAUUCAUAUACUCUUACUUUGGAAGAGUAUAUGAAUAACAUUCAAAUUCAUAUACUGUAUUAAUCUCAUGUUUUCAAUUAAAAUAUAUUUUUAUAAUAAAAGAUGCAAUUCAGGACAGUUUUAAGCAGUAAUGUAUGAAAGUAGGUAAAAUUCUAGAUACUAAUUAAAUCAUUACAGCCCAUACGUAUUGCUUUUUGGGAAUUAAAUGUAAUGUAGAUGAUUUUUUAUAAAUACAGUAUAGGCCAUCAGUAUCAAUUUGACUUGAUAGCAUCCACUUAUACAAUGUAAUUUACCGAGACCUAUGCUCCUCUAAUAAACUUGUUUAAUUUUUAAUUCAUGGUGUAACUUUAAUUACUACAUUCACAAGUGUUUAAAGUUAGGCAUAGGUGAGAAAUUAUCAAAAGUGCUAAAUAGCUUUCAAAGCUUGGCUCUGUUUUACAGAACAUUUCUGUUGACUAUUGUAUUUUACAAUAGUCAACAGUUGGUAGAUAUUACCCUGAAUAAUAAUACGAGAGCAGAGACAGGAUGAUUUUGGUCAUCUGAAUACUAAACCACGUUGCAUUCCAUCAACUAACUAGGCCAGUUAUAAUUUAUGAUAAAAUGCAAGUCCGUAUCUAUUCAAAAAAAUUCACAGCUAUGUACAGCAGCUAUACUAGGGAUCAAAUUUGGAAUUUAUGCUAGUUGCUGUACAACUAUGACUUUUCCAUAUUUAACCUCUUGAGUUAUAUAUUUGUACUGUGUGUUCUUGAACUUCCUUGAUAAACACAUUAAUAAUUAAUGGAAAGUUUACCAAACAAAUUCAGAAAUACAAAGGAUGAAAACUGUUUAAAAAAAUUUAAGAUUUUUAAUAGGGUAUAAUGGAUAUACAUGUUUGGAGAAUCAGGUACAUGAUUGGAAAAGUCCAAUCAAAGGUGUAAUUUGGGAAUUUACUGACAAUAUAGACUGCAAAAUAUAUAAAUUUCUCUGGGAUACAAAAAAUUAUUAUAUGAAUUAUUAGUUGAUCUUUAUUAACAGAUCUAAUGUGGCUGCAAUAGUUGUCUUGGGUAGCUUUUCAAUUUGAGAUUCUCCUAAGUAUUACUUCCUGCUCAUAUGAAAGACAGAAAGCUAACUAACUACUGUACACACACAGUAGGUUUGUAAUACUGCCACAGGGCAGCCUUCUCUAUAUAACAUCCAACAACUGCCAGUUUUUGUGCAAAUUAUAUCCAGCCAAAAUUGUUUCGUCGGACAAAAUGUACAAAGCGGUUUUACUUAAUAUAUGAGAGAUAGCUGUAAUUCUAUAUGGUUUCACAAAGGAUAUUUAACAUUGUCCUCCAAGAUACAUUAACAUGCUUUAUGCUAAACAUAAUAUUGCCUGAGGAUAUUAGGAUGAAAAUGAGUGUACAAUAUAUUUUGUACAAAUGUAAAUGUACAUAAUGAUGCCAGACACAUACAAAGUUGAAUAUGAUGUGAUAGUCCAUUCCUUCUAGAACAGACAAUCAAAGUACAGUACUCAAUGCUAUCUCCAAAUGGCACCAAAAUUCAUGACUGUACCAGACAGUCACUUAGGCUACAUAUUGGAACGGAUGUGAAUUAAAUUUCCGGGAAAUGUGGGCUUGAGCAUAUAUUGAACGCUGAUGUUUGAGCACCAAACUAGAAUGCAGUUUGCAUCACUUGACACCACUGUGCUUAAAAUGUACAUAAAGUCAAUACAUUAAUUAUAUCAUUUAUGAUAAUCAUCAAAUUGUAAUCUUUUUUCUUGUCAGUAACUAACAUACCAUACAGUAGUAAUCAAGAUUAUAUUUAGUGUAUAUAUAAAAAUAAUUAAUGCUAUAAAUAUUCUGCUGAAAUUUGUCAUAAUUAGGUGCAUAUUUUAAUUCUAAUGCAUAACACAAAUAAUAAUCACACAAUCAUAGACCAGAUGCACUCAAAGAGGUGAUCCAAUUUCAUUAGAAAUUUUGGAGGUCUGCUCAAAAAACCACUUCAUUUCCAAGGAAUUUUAUACCACAUCCGUUUUUAUUUCAACCUGAGAUUGUCAAUUUAUGUAAUUCAGGCAUGAUUUUGCAAUUCUAUACUUCCAAGCACACUUUAAUUUAAAUGAAAUGAAAUGAACAUAUUAGUGCCUAUUUGUUUUUUCACAAUUCAAUAGUCAGUUACCUAGAGAGGAAAGCAUAUGGAAGACUUGAUGAUCCUCUAUCAUCCUAUAUCCAAUAAAAUACUGGGACAAAUUAAAAAGUUUUCCUACUCAAUGUAUUAAUCACUUGGCACUACAAACAAAUGCUGGCUGAUUAUCAUACUCUAAAGAAAAUUUCUAAGAAUUAAAGCUAUGUAACAUGAUAACAGAAGUACUGAACAGCUUAACUUUACAAAUCUUAAUACCAUUUAGAUCCCAUUGACUAUUGAGUAAAAUGUACUACUGAGGCUGCAGUACACAAAAAUACUGUCACAAGUGGCAACACACGCUUGUCAAAGGUACAUUCAAAUACACUAAUGAGGACAAUGUUGUCCCCGAUUGUAUGAAGACAAAAACAUACAGUAUAAAACACGAGUAUAAAAGCACUUGCAGGAACAGCUUAUAACAAAAUUUUAAAGCUCAUGAUUCCUCAUCAUUUUUGAAAGAGCAGUCAUUUGUUAUUAUCUUACUGCUUCCCAAACAAUCAUAAGCUAUGCAAUAUAUAUACAUUGAAAUAAAUGUAACAGUUUGCACUUUUUAAAUUCCAAUUCCUGAACACUGAAUAUCAUUCACUACUAAAAUCAUAAUGAAUACGGGAAAAGUAGGACUCUCCCUCGAUAAAACUAUUGCACUUUUAUUCAAUAUUAACAAUGUUCAAUUAAGUCAUACUCUAUUUGUAUAAAAUACUGCACUUAUAAAUAAAAAUAGUUUUCACUGUAGCAACAUUACAAUACACUGCAGAAUAGACCAAAGCUAAAAUAUACCUAAAAAUGUCCAAAUAAAAAUGUUAUUUAAUAAGUAAAAAAAAAAAUAAUAAUCUUUACCCUAGCAAAAAACAGACUUCUUUACAUGCUGUAAUAGGUAGAUGGGUGUCAAACGUGAAAUUAACAUUAACACAGUACACUUGAACACACAGUAUUGUAUACUUAAGGUAAGAUGACCAACAUGUCACGUUACAACAGAUGCUUAACAAGGUAGGCUUUGUUAAGGGUCAGUGUGUUUGUCCAUUUGUUGGCAAGUUGUCAUUUCAUGUCAAGUUCCCUUAUACAAUACAAAUAAGUUAUACAACAAGUUCUACAAUACAAAAUCACAGUUACUGUAAAAUAUUCAUAUUGAUAAAGGUUUUCUCACAAUGUUUCAUUUAGGUAAUGGCAUAGCCAAGUGUCCAUUUCAAUGUAACAAAUUAAAUGCAGCCUCCAAUUUAUCCAUAUAAUUAUUUUUGUUCUAGUUAAAAGUCUAAUGCUUUACCGACACCAGUUUUAAGUAACCAGUAUGAGUGUCUUGGCAUACAAUUAAAAUCCUUCUCAUGGAAAAUUCAAGUUAAAAAUAUAUUAAUAAAUAAGCUCCAAAA